CCGCGGGGAGCCCCCCAGCCCAGCUCGGAACCUACAGAGGGGAGGGAGCUAGAGACACGCACAGAGGGGGCUCUUCUUCAUGCCCAAGCAGGAAGUGAGUACAAGGAAGAAGGCAGCGAAGACAGCAACAGGAGGAGGAGUUGGCGUGUUUUUAUCACACCGACCCGGGAAAGUCGGAGUUUCCAUCCUUGCCUUCCCGGUUUUCCUCCUAUUCUCCUUUCGCCCCUUUCCCCACGCUUCCCCAUUUCCCGGCGGGUUCCUCAUCCCCGAGCUGAUCCUGGCGCGCCCCUACCCCAUCUCCAUGGCUUCUGCCGAGGACCCUCUACUCACAGAUCAUGCCACCAGAGAACCAGUAGAAGAUACUGAUCCUAGCACUUUAUCAUUUAAAAUGUCAGAAAAAUAUCCUGUUCAAGAUACAGGUCUCCCUAAAGCUGAGGAAUAUAAUUCGAUUACACUGAAAGUUCCACCAAGUUCUGACAUAAUACAUCAGCAAGAAGAAGGCUAUCCCGACAGCACUGGGGAUCCACUUUCAGAUAUAAAGAACAACUCUUGCCAAGAAAAUUGUACAUGUUCCUUAUGCUCACUCCAAGCCCCCAACAUCAGUGACUUGCUCAACGAUGAGGACUUGUUAGAUGUGAUCAGAAUAAAGCUGGAUCCAUGUCACCCAACAGUUAAAAACUGGAGAAAUUUUGCAAGCAAAUGGGGAAUGCACUAUGAUGAAUUGUGUUUUCUGGAACAGAAACAACAGAGUCCUACCUUGGAGUUCCUGCUCCGGAACAGUCAUAAAACUGUGGAUCAACUGAUUGAGCUCUGUAGGCUCUACCAUAGAGUUGAUGUGGAAAAAGUCUUGCGAAGGUGGGUGGAAGAAGAAUGGCCAAAGAGGGGACAUGGAGACUACCACAAUCACUUUUAAAAGCUUUCUUCCUUUAUUCCAUUGAUUCUUUGGACAUUAAAAACUACUGUAGUUUGGGAUAGAGGGGAGGACAAAACAUUGAUCUUUCUCUCUCUUUUUUUAAAGUAUUUACUUCAGAAAAAAUAACAUAUGUGUCCCCAAAGCAGUUUUUUGUUUGUUUUUUAUUGUUGUUGUACAAGUAUGUGUGUGUGUUUGCACAUCUGUAUUUUGAUUUAAUGUUUGAAUCUAGAACUUUAGGAGGAUAAAAUAAAAUGGCAGGCAGGCUUAUACAACAGCCAACCCCUAUCAGUAAAAAUGUUUUUGUUCCUUCAUUAAAUCAGAUUAUCCAUUGACUUUAAUAAUAUAGAUUGUAAGAACAAUUCCCGGGGUCCAAAAACUGUUGAUGACCAAAGGAAUCACAUGCAAUGUCUGCCAUAUCAAUAGAUUUGAUUUCCAUUGCUUGGAAGCCACACACUGUUAAAUGAUUGUAUCAUUUUAUUAUAAUAACAUUAUUUUUCAUCCAUUGUAAGGUGCUAGAAGGCCCACUUAUUGGGACAUUAGUAUUAUCUUGAGGUUGCCUUCAGUUAAUAUACCUAUCUAAUAUCAUUGAAUACCAUUGUGCUCUUUCAGGAAUCUGAAGAUAGAUGUUAUUUGCUCACUUUUUCAAAGAAAGAAAUUUUUUUAAAAUGUAAGUAAAUAUUGUAGAGAUUAGAAUAAAGUCUUAGAGCAAGAACUUAGUUCUAGGUAAUUGUGUUCUACAAGGAGAAUUUUCCAUAGAUAGUCUUCAAAAUCUUUCAUACUAGCUGUGAAUUAUUUUAAAGUAAUACAACAUUCACUUUUGCAUCUUCCAUAUGAGACUAAUACUGAGUGUCUUGCUAGUGAAGGGUUUUAAGGAUCCAUUAAAAGGUCUACAUGGAUCUACUGAUCUCUCCUUAAAACAUAACUAUCACUAACAUUUCUUUUAUCAGCUAAGACAGGCCCUAGCAAUUCUAUAAAAAGCACUUAGUUAAGAAGUAAAACCUUCACAAGUGAGAAUCCAGGAAUCCAAACAAGAAAAUUAACAGUUUAGCUCAGAGAUUUUUCAGUGUUCUGUCUUGAUGGUUUAUUAAAAAAUAUAGAAGCUCCAUUGAGUCUAUAUGGAAGUCAUAGCAAGAUUGUUCAGUUUCCCAGAGUAUCAUCUUUUCUUUAUUCUUUAGUGGGAAUAGAUAGCAUUAUCUCUCAUAGAAUCAUAGAAGAUUAGAGCCAGAAAGAGCCAAGAAAGUCAUCUAGUGAUGGAGUCCUAGUCUCAGAACUAGAUGGAACCUGAGAAUUUGCUUAGUCCAACCUCCUCUUUUUAGACAAAGAGCUUCAGGUUUAGUUAAUUGGCCGUUCUGGAGAACACAAACACAAUAAAUAGGGAGUCAAACCCAUUUCCUCUGAUUCCAUUGUGCCAUUUAGCUUCCUAUUCCUUCAUUUUACAAAUGAGGAAAAUGACUCCAAAAGUUUGGAUUAUUUGUCCAGGAUCACAAAGUGUAUUAAUAGUAAAGGCGGAAAUUAAAACCUAAAUGCUUUUCAAUCCAUUGCUUUUUUCCCAAUAUACCAAAUUAUCAUCUGAUCAGAACUGAUUAAUUAGGCAGUAAUAAUGUGGUUGUUUGGGGAGUUUUUGAAGGGAGGUACAAAAACUAGUUCAUUUUUUAAAAUGUAGAUAUUUAGAUUAAUUCUGGGUGUAAUACAUUUUAGGGCAUUUCAACCUGAUAGCUAGCUAUCUGGCAUUCAACUCAGUCCAAAUUCUUGGUUUACUUAAGUAAAAAUAAAUGUAACAAGUGAGAAUUAGGUACCCAAAGCCCUGAGGCUAACAAUUUUUUUUUCUUUUCUUAGAGUGCAAUGUCCUUCAACAUCAGUAAACUUUAAAGGUGACUUAGAAUAAAACUGUUUGCUAAGCCACCCACACUCUUUUCUAGCAAUAUCUUAUAAUAGUUUUCACUUAAAGCUUAAUAUUGCUAAUUUAAUCAACUUCACCGUGAGAAGAUGAACUUUAAAAGAAAAGAAACAAUAAAUGUUUGUUAAAAUUUCUGAUCUAUUCUUAAUUAUUCCCAAUUUACUUUCUUUUUUAUUAGAAUUAUUGUAAGAUGUAAUUGAAACAAUUUACAAUGAAAUGUUAUUUUUUUUAAAAAAAGAGGCCUUAAUAAGUUGUUAAAGAAAACUGAUAAACUAUUCGUUGAAUUUUUUAUUGAAUGUUGACAAUGGAGUUGGCACUAUGCUGAACUUUUAAGUGAAGGUUCCCCUCUGGGUGCCUGGUUAGCCUAAAUGUGGCUUUUUCAUACUUCUUCCUACAGUGUUCAUUAUAGACUUUGUAAGUAUAUGAAACUAAAAAGGCAGUGGUUAUUUAGUGGUGCAUAAAGUAACAUAGAUCAAGGUACCAACACUCAUAAGCCACAUUCUUAUUGCCUCAACAUCUCUUUCACCUUUUUAAAAAAAAAAAUUGGGUUUUCAGAAUAUAGAUUACCUUCAACAUACUUCAGUCCUUUUUGUAAAAAUGGCCAAUCUUGCUACAUGGGCAUAGGAAUUCCACUUCCCUCUCCAUUAUCCUAGGAGAUUUCCUGCUUCCUUUUAACCUCACUACUGUAAACUCCAUGCUGCCUUAGAUUUCCAUUUAGCCAACCUCAUUAACAAGUUCUCAAUUUGUCCUACUGGACAGAUCUGCAAUAGAUUAGUAUAGUAGGUCCUCAGCUAAUGAUCUCCCCCAAACCCUCAUUGCCAUCCCUCAGCCUUCCCUAAAUCCAACCUUGCUGGGAGCUGUGGGAACCCCAAAUUCUGAUAACCAACAGAUAGAAAAAGGUUGAAUCUCUGCUUUCUUGUCAGGGCUUCAAGUGGGAAGAAGGAAACUGUGGUAUAUUGUUAGGUAUGAUAACAAAUCCUAUAGUACUAUUAAUAUAAUACUCUUCUUUAGGUAAUUUAUAGGUAAUUGUAAACUAACAUGGGAAUCUACCCAUAUGGGACAUCAUUUCCAUGGAAAAAUGUGUUCUUAGUCCCGAACAACCUUAUUACAAAUGAACUUUUGUAACCCAGCCCAUUAAUGAGUUGGGUAUGUCCUGUUUUAAAUCAUUUUAUAGGCAUACUGGGAAAUGACCCAGUUUUUAUUUAUUUAGAUUACCUUUCCUUUCUUGUUAGUCCAGAAACCUUAGCUGAGAGUUGAACAGGAUAUAGACCAAAAGUUGUCCCUAUCUUUUCACUUAGUAAUUAAGGGGACUUCCACUGAAAUCUAAAUGAGAUAUGGACCACAGCUCACAACCUACUCAUUUGCAUCACUUUUUCCAAAGUAGGUAGAACUUCCUACUAACAACUUCAUUAUUACAUCUUCCUCUUGCUUAUUUUACUACCAUGGUUAUGAAAUGUUUCAAGUUCCAUCUUCCACUUGCUUAUUUUAUUACCAUGGUUAUGAAAUGUUUCAAGUUCUUAGUGUUUAUAGCAAAUAUAGAAGUUGACAUCUAUUUACUGCUUAUAUUAAUCUUUGUCCAUUUGUUCUAAAAUCUGGCAUACCCUGAUACUUUCGAGGCAGUGUUGUUUAUAAUUAGCUAAAGAUAGAAAUUAUGCCCAUUAAAUAAUGUGCUUAUCAAAAGUUUACUGCCAUCAGGCAGUUAAAUGUAGGGUGAGUUUUGUACACAUAAAUUCAUGAGAUUAAAAAGUAGUUUGAUCCUUAAAUAGAUAAAAGCAAAUCAAAUAUAUAUACUAAUCCAAAACUUCUUAAUAAUAGUCAUUUCACAUUAGGUAAUUACAACAAUAUUAGAAAUAUGCCUAAAUGUGGCUUUUUCAUACUUUUUCCUACAGUAUUCAUUAUAGACCUUGUAAGUAUAUAGACUUAUGGAAAUUCAUAUAGUUCUAUGGACUAGGAGAAAUUCAGACAAAGAGAAAGUGCAGUGAAAAAAGAGGUUGGGAAAGUAGAAAUUACUUCAUAGUAUAUUCAUCAAAGUAUUUCUAAUUUUUAAUAGUCUAGUACAAGCCCAAUAGCUUUAUUCUGAUGCUGUUAUCAGUCCAUGAAGGCUUAAUUGUCUUGGUAUUAAACCCUUUUGGUUCUUUAAUAAAUUAAAUUCCUUAGAUAUGACCCAUAACAGAUACUUUUACACUAAAUUUUCAUUUGUCGGGUUCUAUAAUGAGAUUCCAAUAUCAGUAAUACAUGGCACAUUUUGUAAAUACAUAAGUAAGCAACAUGCCUUCUGCUUGACUGGAAUAUAUUGUUUCUUGGUUAAUUUAAGGAUUUCAAAAAGUCAGUUGUCAUUUAGAUAAAUUUAAUACAUAGGAAAAAGGAAAGAGGAGAUAUGUCUGUUGUUCCCCUUCUUUCCCGAAAAAGGAGGGAGAUUUUGCUGAGGUCCACUUUAAGACUGUACAUUUUAUAAUAUACAAAUCCCCCCUUCCCCAUUAGUUUUAUAAAAGAGCAUCAGACUGGCAUAUCUCACGUGAACAAAUAGAAAUGGUGAGUUGAAGGUAGCAAUAAUUAAUUAUAAUUAAUAAUAAUAAUUAUUAAUAUUAAUAAUAACAAUAAUAACAGCUGAUGGUUAACCUGUUUUAAUGGUAAAAAUAAUAAUGAAUUUUAAUGUGAUACUGCCCUCUGCUGGAAUUUAAAAGCUAUGGAAUUAGAAGCAUUAUUUCUGACUUGCUGCUACUUAAGCUCUAUAGUAACAAUAGAUUUGGAGUCAGAAGGAGGGUCUUAGAGGUCCAGAUCCCUUCUUUUACAGAAAAGGGAGCUUAUCCAUACAGGUUCAGUAACAUACUCAUGAGCUUACUACAACCAGCCAUGUUUUAUUUAUGUAUUUGACUACUUUCUAUAAUUCUUGCAGAUAUGACCAAAUGAACUCUCAGAAUACCUCUGUAAUACUCCCAUAAAAUAGAAAAAUGCUAACUCUCCAAAUUUUAUAAAUGUAGAAACAGAGAGUCUAAUUGCAUUGUGGAACAUCUCAUAAUGAAUCAGUGGCUAAAUUUUGGUUCCCCUUAAUCUAAGGAGUAUGUACCAGGUCACCUAGUACAACCUUUCUUAGUAUCAACAUGUGGUUCUAAUUUGCUCUAAUAGUAGUUGAGUUCAAGGAAGUACCCAAUGACCCCUGAUAAUAGGACCUUCAUUCUUGGUUUUAUUUCUUUAGUUUUUCCCAUGUAGAUCCUGGGUUUGUCCUAUUUGAUGUUUCUCCUUUUAGGCAAAUGAAACUUUGACACAAAUUACAUAAUUAAAUGAUGCAGAGGCCAAGGGUAACUUUUCACAUCAAAAAGUAAUGUGUAGGUUAGUAGUACUAACCUCUCUGACUUGUUUUUAGACUGUAACACAAAAAUGUGAUUUUUUUUUACAUUUAUAUAUGCUAUUAAUACCUAACACAUAGCCAGUUCUUCUGUUCACCUUUCCUUCUAGAGGAGUAAGGCAUACCUUUAUUUAGUUUUUACUAAAAGCUACCAUUUCUACUGAAAAGAGGAUUUCAUAUCUCUUAGGUUACCUUCUUUUUCUAUUCACGCUCUCGUUAGUUCCCCAUCUCAAUGAUCUAGGUGAUAUGCAUUUAAAAUUUUCCUCUGGUUUCAAGCAUCAAUAUAUUUUAUAUAUGCACUACAACCUUCUUCCUUGGUGGUGUUUUAUUGUCUGUUUGCCUAGCUUAUAAUACAGAUGGUAUUUGUUGAACUAUUUUUCAUUUAAUUAAAGAUGAUUUUAAAUAAAUGAAUAUAUGAUUUGUUAAUAUCAGAAUGUUCCCCCCCCCAUUUUUGUAUUCAGUACAUACUUGCAUUAGAAUCCUAAAAAACACCUUUCAAUUAUAUUCUAACAAUGCCAGCUUAGUUAAUUCUGUCUGUAACUACUUUUUAAACCACGUACACUGGUGGCAAAAUGGAUAUGGGUGCAUUUCAUUCCCACUGUAUUCUUAUGUUUUGAAUGUUGUUGCCAGAAUUUAUAUUGAAUAUCUUUAGGUUGCUGUGAGUCUUCCUGGCUGGAACUGAAUGGCCCUGGGGAUUAAAUCAGCCCCAGCAGGUCCCUGUCUUCUACCUUCCUGGAUGUACUGGGCAAAAACUAAGAGAACUUUUCGAUAUUGUUCAUGAUUUCUGUCCUACUGGCCAUAAUUGGAUCUAAGAGAACAGAAUCUAGAGGUGGAAAUGCAUAUCCUACAACCAAAGACCAAAGUUUUUAUCAACUAUUUUAGGAAUUUGAAAAAAGGGCUUUUUAUUUCAACCAAGCCAGAUUUUUUUCAUCAUCUUAAAAAGGAAAAAAAAAAAAAAAACAUAUUCCAAUCCAUGAACCACAGUUUAUUCCUUUUAACUUGACAAGCACCCUCUGAGAUUCCAUGGAGAAUAUUUCUCCAGCUUCUAAAGUAUGGUCCCUCCUGUUGUGGCUAUUGUACUGUACUUUUUUAUUUGUGUUGUAUAUGAGCCUUCAUUAUGAAUAUCCUUUGUUAUUUUGUAUUUUUCUUACAAAUAAAGACUUUUAAAAACCCAGUCUACAUAGUAAUAGAUGCUAUCAUAGCUUAAAUAAAUGUCAACCACCACCAUCACCACCCAAUAGGAUAUUUACUGUAGUUUCCUGCCACCUACAUACAGGGAAACUUGCAUUAUACCUUCCUGGGCACAGAGGGGUGAAAUGCGAUCAACAAUGAAAGAAGUAGUCCACUUGUCAGAGCUCUUGCUGCCUCUGCAUUUCUCCUCCUACCUCUGCCGAGGGAGCAGCUUUAAAGGAUCACAGAAUUUAUAUCUGAAGGAAACCCUAAGAUCAUUCAAAUACUCCUCUUUUUUUACAUAAAAAAGCUGAAGCCAAGGGCAAUUGAGACUAGCCUAAGCAACCAAUUAACUUACAUUUAUAAUUACACAGAUGGCAGUCAGUCAACUCACAUUUAUUGUAUCAGGCACUAUGCUAGGUCCUGGGGAUGCAAACCUGAGAGUCCUUGCCCUCAA